AUGUCUCCACAACCACACAAGAUUUUCUACAAAGGCAAUGAACAUGAUUUUGUCAUCUUCACCGAGAACCCAGACUUGAUCAAGAAGUACAAGGGCGGUGACACCACAAUUCCUCUUGUGGACCUAGUUUCGGUUUGGCAGGUUUUCACCAACAGACAGGGUGGUGUUGACGGAAUCUUGGACCAAGCUUCCAAGGCUGAAUUGGAGAACGAGUUUGGUCCUAAGGCGAAAGUGGACGAUGCCAUCAAGAAGAUUCUAGAUGAGGGUGAUGACAAGAAGGCCGUCGGUACCUUCGAUGAACAAAAGCCCGUAUAA